GUCAGCAACAUUAGCUCCAGCAGAAACGACCGUGGCAAGAGGCUGGCUCGGGAGGGACACAACAUAGGUUUAGAAUAACUAUAUUUUGUGAACCCCAUGGCUGAGACGGAGGAUAUCUUUCUGAGAGCUAAACAUCGGACAUUCAGUGGACUGAGUGAAGAUAUCGAGCAUGAGUGGACGGGACCUUUCUACUUUAUCCAAGCUGCAGACCCCCAGCUUGGCCUUAUGAAGGCCUGGAGAGAGGGUGACUGCGACGGCGGAGGAGAUGAAUGGGCAGAGGAAGUUGAGCUUACCAAACGAGCAGUGGAAGCCAUGAACCGGUUGCGUCCUCGGCCCAGGUUUAUGGUGCUGUGCGGUGACCUGGUUCAUGCUAUGCCAGGCACCCCUUUCAGAGAUGAUCAGGAGCGAGACCUAAAGAUGGUAUUAAAGGGGACAGACCCUUCUAUUCCACUCGUGUUUGUCAGUGGCAAUCACGACCUUGGAAACACUCCUACGCCCACAACAGUGGAACAGUACUGCAGUGCAUGGGGGGAUGACUAUUUCAGCUUCUGGGUCGGUGGAGUUCUUUUCCUGGUUCUGAACUCGCAGUUAUACUUCGAUUCGUCGGCCUGCCCUCAGUUGAGGGAAGCUCAGGAAACGUGGCUGGAUAAGCUGCUGAGCAAAGUCUCAUCCUCCUCGCAACCCAAACACAUCGUGGUGUUCCAGCACAUUCCGCUGUACGUAAAGAAGCCCGAUGAAGACGAUGACUACUUUAACCUACAGAGGGAAGUUAGGCAAAAACUGAUGGAGCGAUUUAAUAAAGCUGGGGUGAAGGCGGUCUUCUCCGGCCACUACCACCGGAACGCGGGCGGUCGCCACGGCGGCCUGGACAUGGUGGUGAGUUCGGCCAUCGGCUGCCAACUGGGACAGGACGACCACGGCGUCAGGGUGGCGGUGGUGACGGCCGACCGGGUCGUCCACCGGUACCACAGCUUAGAGCGCUUGCGAACGGAAGGGAUGGAUGAAGACCUCAGGAAGCUCUUGUAGGCUUGAUGCUUACUCCAGUCUUUUCACUAUACAGUGGUACCUCGACAUACCAACACCUCAACGUGCGAUUCUUUCAACAUCUGACGUAAAAUUUGGCUCGUCAUUUGUCUCGACGUAUGACCGCAUGCUGGGAAUACAGGUAGACCCUGGUUCACAAACGAGUUCCGUUCCUGCGCUGGCAAUGUCGGAAUUAAGCCUUUAAAUACCUCAAAACAACUUCCAAAUUAAAAAAAAAAAACCUAUCCAAAAAUAUGUAUUAUACAACAUUGUACUGUCCUCGCCAAGACGUUGGAGCUAAGUCCUAGCAAGACAGCGGGCUAACCUCGGAAAUGACGACGUGUGUGGUUGACUGACUUUAUUCAGCUGCUCGUGAUUUCAACACUUGCAGAAUGAAACUAAAAUAAAAAGAAAUGACGUCUCAUCUUAAAUAACAGCUAUUCAAAUUUGUGUCCACAAGUACAGUGCUGGCCAAAAGUAUUGGCACCCCUGCAAUUCUGUCAGAUAAUGCUCAAUUUCUCCCAGAAAAUGAUUGCAAUUACAAAUGCUUUGGUAGUAAUAUCUUCAUUUAUUUUCCUUGCAAUGAAAAAACACAAACGAGAAUGGGGAAAAAAAUUCAAUCGUUAUCAUUUUACUCCAAAAAUGGGCCGGACAAAAGUAUUGGCACCCUUUGAAAAAUCAUGUGACGCUUCUCUAAUUUGUGUAAUUAACAGCACCUGUUACUUACCUGGGGCACAUAACAGGUGGUAGCAAUAACUACCGUAAUUUCCCAAAUAUAACGCGCACUUUUUUUCCCCAAAAUCAACUUGUAAAAUCAUGGUGCGCAUUAUAAACGGGUACAUGGAUGGAGACAGAAAUAUAUAUAUAUAUAAACGUUUACGUUAUUAUUAUGAUUUGUAUUCAUAAUUUAGGUCGGUUUUUGGGCUGUGGAACAAAUUAAUCCAAUUAUAAUGUAUUCUUUGGGGAAAAUCCCGCUCCACGUACGACCAUUUCGACUUACAAGCCAAGUCCUGAACCGAAUUAAAUUUGUAUGUCGAGGCACCACUGUAGUUGUAUAUAAAUUCAUUGUAACAAAAUCAAUGUUUCAUGUACCCCAUGUCCUAGUAUCAACAGAAUUUGGACACAGUCCAAUGCAGGAUUUUCAAAUGAAUUCCUGAUUUGCUUUGAUUUUGAAUCAAAUUUUCUAAUAUUCCUUUUUUGUGUGAAACUGUCAGCAUUAAUUUCAUGCAUCUUCAUAAGAGACAUACAAUUUAAAACAUGUCUUAAGAUGACAUGCUUUCAUGAAAUUCCACAUGAGUGUUUUGUACAAAAAAAAGCCUUUAAAUACAAAGACAGCUUUGCAAAUCACCAACUAGUUAACCGACACUAAUCUUAACAGUGCAGCUUUGCUUACCUCUUGGCCUUUGACAUGGUAUCACUUCAACCACUUCAUUUUAUUUAUUUUUUUGCUCAAUGUGAUGCACAAGCAACCAAAGUUGACAUCAUGAAUGACAGUUUUUCCACAUUCUUAUAGAAAAAAAUAUUUUAUUAUUUUAUUUUUUUAUCUCAGGUCCUAUAUACAGCAGGGAGCACAUGCACAUACACAUAUAUACAGUACAGUGAAUAUGGUGGAAAACACUCAGGUGACUUGAAGUUCCACUUUGAGACACCCAAUUUGGCCAAAUUUCAAAAUUGUCCGAUAUGCAUGUGUGAUACAUCAUUGGAAAGCUUAAAAUCUCCAUUUUCUGGGGGAAAUAAACAUUUGAACAGGAUGGCAUUUAGAAAAAAGGUUUUUAAACAGUAAAAACCUAACUGGGAGGUGAGAGCAUGAGAGAGCAUUGUUAAAGACGGCAUGAUUUUAACGAGAUAUUAUCCCGUACUUACCUCUUUUCGAUCCAAAAACUCCAUAACAUCCAAACAAGUGUCAAGACACAGCUGUUAAUGGACAGAUUUUGGGGGAUUUUAUGGGUGAAACAUGGUAAUCUAACAGGGGUCGCGAAGCAGAAAUUGCUGACAUCAAGGAGUUGUCGAGAUUUUCAUAUAUUUACACUUUUAAAGUUUUUUUUUUUUUUCCCAAUGUUUCUUAGUUUGGAUUUAUUAUUUAUCAUCUAGAGUAGUGGGGAAAAUGUAACAGUAACAAAAAAAAAUACAAUUAGGCAAUAGAUAUGAGGUAGAUAUCCAUGACUUAUUUACACACACCAUUAUUUUCAUUGUGGUGUAAUUUGUUCAAAAGUUUAAAACAGGCGAGUGAAUAAAGUCUUUUUUUUAUUUUAACGAAAUAUUAGACAUUAAUUAAUGACUCUGAGCUGAAAAUGGCAGACAUUUCGAAUAAUGAAUAUAAUUUUUUUUAUGGCUGGGUUGAAACAAAAGCCGUUGCGCGGUGUCUAUAAACGGGGGUCCCCAGGGUAAAACGGACAAAUUAAAAAUAGUUUGGGGGCUCAAUGCACCAUGAAACUGCUAUGGCAGCAUAUAGACAUAUUGCUUAAAAUACAGCAGUUAAUUUUAAAGAGGGCUGCAAGAGCAGAAACUGCUUUUUCAGCCUUGUCUGUGUUUUCCGCCAUAUGCAACUCGUACACAAUUGUUUCAGUUCAUACAAAUGCACUUUUAACAUAUUUAUCAUGACCUGUAUUCACUCACAUGCUAGCGCGCACCUACUCCAAGCUGUUUAUUAAUUAAAUGUAUACAUCCAAAACAAGGAAAUUCAACAACCAACAUGAUCAUAUGUAUAUCAUUUCUUCAAACAAUGGUUCACUACCUUAAUGCAAACACCGUAGGAGGGCCAGUGAAGAAACUUUCUAACAACUGCUACUUACACGGAGCAACAACAUAACAAAGCAUGCACCAAUACACACGGAAAUGAUUUUUGCCCGUUUUCUGCAACUUUAUAGAGGCCUAUUUUCCCAAUCUCCCCAAAUUGUAGAAAUUUUGGUGCUCAUCUUUUACGUCAGUACAAUGUGAUAACAAAUGUGCAGUGCGGCUCCGAAAGCACGAUUUCGCAGCAUUUGAUGUCUAGCCGAACGGAGAUUGCAAUUAUUUGAAUGAAAAGUGGCAUUUCUACGUCAAAUGUUUAUUGUUUGGAACUACCAACGAAAGAAUGAAAGGGAUGCAUCUAUGCAAUUACACCUUGAACUUGAGAUGCUUUUUCACAUGAUUUAAAUGUUUUCCAUCCAACAUGACGUUAGCAUGCUCACACAUCAAGCAGGUCCGCUUAACGUCUUCAUUUUGAAUUCUCUCUAUUGCACACGUAAAGCUUUUUGUUUCUAUCCAAUCAGUAUUCGAGAUGUAGAAUAGUUUAUUUGUGUCCCAGUGAUCUAUGCUAAUCUUUCUCGUCUGAUUCUCGCAAAUAAUCCUUCGGAGUUAAUUAAAAUGUCAUUUCUUAUAUUUUGGGGCUCGUUGAUGAAAAUCUUUUUCUAACGUUAUGAUUCCGUUUUCACAUCUCGUCCCUCUACUUCAUUUUUGGCAUCUUCACAAAACGAUCUUAGUCCUUUGAUGCGCGAAUGAAUUUUUUUUAACCUUAUCAGGACAUUCAUUUGAAGCAACACUAUGUAAUUUUUCAGUUUUGAUCGAUUUCAGCGACGCCGGUGGACAAAAGCGGUCGUGUUUUGCCAUAAGGAAGCCUGCGUUUCCUAUGAGGGCCAGCGCACACCUGCACAGUUCGUAAAAUCCUAAUCUCCCUUUCAACGGCAGGUGGAUUAAACAACAUUUCUGUUUCUAGUAGCUGUGUGAAGGAUGAAUAGCAAUAUGAUAAUUGAAGGAAUCUGACCUUUUAGCCAGAUUGCCAUUAUCAAGUCAGCCGAACUGCCGGACCCGAGCUGGCGCAGAUCCAACGUCCUGUGCUGGCGAGACCCCGACAACCCGACAAAACACGCAUUCACUUUAGUCUUCACCCCUUGGAUUGACUCCAUUUUUAAAGCUGGAAAAAGGCUUCGAAGCACAAAUUGAUUAUUUAUUUAGGUCGACAGCGAUCAAACACCAAGACGAAACAGAAACGGACUCAGGCGAGGAGGCGUACUCAUUCCAAGGUCACCAUAUCACAAUUCAACAAAAGGCUCCCGAGAAAAAUAAUGAUUAGUCAAACAGUCAGUUUUUUGAAGGCUUUCACGUGGCGGGCUGCGGGCAGAAGAAGGGUGUGCUUGUGCGUUGUGUAGGAUUAUUGUCUGUUUGUGGAUUGGACUGGAGGAUUCGGGAGUUACUGUUGUCAGGGCAACAAGGGUUGUGGAUUUUGCCACCUCAGUGUCAAAGGGGCUCUUGGAGUCUUUUAUGUCGUGUUAUCAGUUGGAUAUAGGGUGCUCUCUGUUGUUCCUUGUGUUGGGACAGGACGUCCCGCCAGUUGUUCUGGACUGUACAUGAGAUCUGAUUGCGAGAGUUGGUGGUGCAGACGUGGGCUUGUAGAUGCCUCGUCAGCGUCGAUCUUGCUUAGUCAGUUGCGUAACCCCCAUGUUGGGCUUUCGUGAUAAGAAGGCGUCAUGUAUCUCUUAUGCCCUAAAUUCUGCUUGUCUGCCUUACACAAUGGUGUAAGUGCUCAUUAUUUUAUAUUGGGUGUGUUCGAGUAUUUCAAGCAGUAAAUACGAGAAAAGAUACUAUUCCCUGAUUGAUUAUAUUACGUGUGUUAAAGUAAUCCAAACAGCCGAUCGGUAAAUACGAGAAAAGAUACUAUUCCCUUCAUUAAUGAAUCCAGUUGCGGCUAAACAAUAGCAUAUGACAGUUAGCAACCUUGUAGUUUAGUGUGGCUAAACCGCCCUACCCACCCGAACUCGUCAGUGUCAUCACGUCAGCGAGUGAAAGCCGGCCAAUGUUUAUUCUUGAGUAUCCUGGUAGCUUCCCUUUUCAUCCCUCCUCGGACAAAACUUUUUGUCUCUCUUGUUGCUCUGCCAUCUUUACAAAAUUCGCGCAUCGACUUCCGUCGUUAUAAUGAAUGGGGAAAGGGGGAAGUGACGUAUGCUGUAAAGCAGUCAGCACAUUUUUUUGUGUGGCAGGGUUCCUGCCACACUGCUCAAAGUUUGUGGCGGUGAAAGCUGUCAGGGAAGUUCAAUUUUGAACCCCAAGACAAGUAGCAAUCAAUAGCUCUAAUAAGAGAAAGAAUCAAACCCAGCCACGGAUUGUCUGUUUCAAAGACUUUAUGAACUAGAUAUAUAUCAGGGGUACACUUGUGUGCUUCAGCCAGGUCCUGUGAACAUGCAGGAGUACAAAGAAUUACAAUAGAGGCUGGAAAUUUAUACUGUUGAAAGGGCGUUACCUAAGGAUGCUUACUGUGAAACAGAAGUGAAAUUAAUAACAGCCCAACCAGGGGAUUUUCCACAGAAAAACAUAAUGAGUUACGACCUUGGAAACUUAGCCGUAGCUGGUACGAGAGGGAGUAAAAUCAGUUAAGGCAGUCCACAGAAACUCUUUGUAUUGUGUUCAAAGAAAUAGGUCGAGCACAUGAACAUGAAUAGAUACAGUCACAGCACAAAUGAAUAUAGUUUAACAGCAGUUAACAGUAGUUAUGUGUUUUAUGAGUAUGAAUAAAAUAUUCUUUCACUAAAGCGAUACAGAACCCAAAGAUAUAAUUGUCAUUCAAUGUCAUUCAACACGUUGUCCGUCGACAUAUCAUCACAAAUACUGUCAAAAUAUUUUAUGAAGGUUGAAAAGUUACCUAGUGUUGCUUUAACUCACUGGCUGCCAUUGAACGUGCGAAUGAACGCACUCUCCUCCUAGUCAAAAAUGGAUUGGACAUCACUGAAACAUGAGCAUUCACAGCUCGUAGUCGUGUAUAUCCAAAUAUUGGAAGCAGAGACAAAUCUGAACUCCGCCUAUAUAAACGUGCUAAAACAAAUGUGCUUUCUUUGCGAGUCCCAAAUGUUUGAAUUCAAUUACACUCACACAAUCGGCAAGACGUGCCGAGAUUGAGUUGUCAUGGCAACCUUUUAGCAACACAUCUGUGCGUCGUGUAGAAACUGCCAGAAAGAUCAAUGUUGUGUGUGUGUGUGUCCAUCAGCUGUCUGCUAACUUUCAUAGGUGAUUUUCCAUCAGCAUCACUAUCACUGACCUCAUUUCACGUUGACAGAUUGUGUCUCUUUCCUUCCAAAAGUGUCAGCAGGUGAUGGAAGGGUGAAGGGGGUAGGAAUGGCUAAUAAGGAUGAUGUGUGAACCAGAAGGAAGAUCUUUAUUUUAUGUCUAAGAAUGAAACGUACAUGCUUUUUUUAUUUUAUUUUAUUUUAUUGUCUAUUGCCAAGCGCAAACACAUUAAUAGCUUCACCCUGUCUACAUUAGAAACCUCUCAAUGUAACUUGAUUGGAGUUAUUUUUAUAAUAAAUGUUGACUAUGAUGUA